AUGUUAACUAACAAUCUAGAAUUAACAGAGGUCGUCUUGUCUAUUUAUGUACAUAGGUGUGGAAUUAAUGACGGUGGGACAAAAUAUACUAUAAAAUUAUAUCUAUUCUGCACCUUCGCGACAUGUUGUCAAGAUUCCAAGUUUAAACAUGAAAAUUCCUUUAAAAUACCUUUAAAAUUACAUACAAAAAACAGAUAUAACUCUAUGAAAUUAAUUCUAUUUUAUUUCUCCCAAAACCUUCCUAUUAAGCGCGAUCUCAAUAUUAUGCCUAUGCCUUUCAACUGUACUUAUUUUGCAUUCACUAAAAUAAUUGAAAAUCAUUCUAUUUUUAUUUGUUUUAUUAAGUUAUUUCCCUUCUUUUAA